UUUUAUCACACGUGCUGCGGAGUAAGAGGCAGAGUAGCUGCGAUUCUUCCAUUAACGUCAACUCUGCGUUGAGAAUUAUUUUGCAGCUGCAGAUCGGGACAUCGAUCCAUCGCUCUCUAUUUCUCUGUUGUUAGAGAGAAAGGGGAGCUCGAUCCGAGGGGAAUAGGGAUCGACCUGGAUUCGAAGGGAUGGGCUGUUCGUUCUCGGGAUUGAACGCGUUAUACGAUGCCGUAAAUGGAGGAGGCGAUGUUUGGAUUAACGAGAAUCGGUUUAGGAUCGUGAGGCAGCUUGGGGAAGGUGGAUUCGCCUAUGUGUUCUUAGUCAAGGAGGUUGUUUCCGAUCCCAGUAAUAAUGCUGGUAUUUCUUCGAAAAUCAAGGAUUCUUCUCACGUCUCAGCUGAUGGAACUUAUGCAAUGAAGAAAGUUCUUAUACAAAACACGGAACAGUUAGAUUUGGUGAGGGAGGAAAUUCGUGUUUCGUCUCAGUUUAGCCAUCCCAAUUUGCUUCCACUUCUUGAUCAUGCAAUCAUUGCCGUGAAGGGUACACAAGAUCAGUCCUGGAAGCAUGAGGCGUAUCUGUUGUUUCCCGUUCAUUUGGACGGUACACUGUUAGAUAAUGCGCAGGCUAUGAAAACCAAGAAAGAGUUCUUUUCUACAUCCGAUGUACUUCAAAUAUUUCAUCAGCUUUGUGCAGGUCUGAAACAUAUGCACAGUUUUGAUCCUCCGUAUGCUCAUAACGAUGUCAAACCUGGCAAUGUCCUUGUGACAUUCAGGAAGGGACAGCCGCCGUUGGCAAUAUUGAUGGACUUUGGGAGUGCUCGUCCUGCAAGAAGGCAAAUUCGAUCCCGUUCAGAAGCAUUACAGCUACAGGAAUGGGCUUCUGAGCACUGUUCUGCUCCUUACCGAGCUCCUGAGUUAUGGGAUUGUCCGAGCCAUGCUGAUAUAGACGAGAGAUCAGAUAUCUGGUCUUUAGGCUGCACUCUCUUUGCAAUCAUGUACGGCGCAUCUCCAUUCGAGUAUGCACUUGGGGAAUCCGGCGGGAGCUUGCAGUUAGCCAUAAUUAAUGCCCAAAUAAAGUGGCCAACAGGCCCGAAACCUCCCUACCCGGACGCACUCCACCAGUUUGUAACAUGGAUGCUGCAGCCUCAACCCACGGUUCGUCCCUACAUCGACGACAUCAUAAUCCACGUCGAAAAACUCAUCUCAAAAUACUCCAACUGAAGGUACUAUGCUGAUCAACAGAUCUUAUAACUAUGUGGAUAAAUUUGUUUGUCCUGUACUUACUGUUUUGCACAAUACUGAUUUUAGAGUUGCUCUGUUUUUUAUUUAUUGUAUGUCUUAUCUAUUUGUGUGUGCGUGUAGUUUAUAAAUACACAGGUUAGUUUUUGGACUAUAUUUGGGAUUUGUUUUGUAGCCAUGUUUAAGUUCAUUCAGAGAGAGGCAUUUUGGACUUAA